UAAAAUGUGUCACACGCGAAGGAACACCGACCGAGUAACACGUUUAUAAAAAGUGCUUUUUAAAAACGGUGACAUAACGCGGGAGGUACGUCUAUAUUUAUUACCAAAAUUCGACUGUACACAAUCAAAAAAUGGAAAAGAAGAAAUGAAAUCCUUCUACAUUUUACCACUUCUAGCAUUCUUGCUCAGUUGCCAUGUGCACUUCUGUGGGUCACGCUCAGGUUUGGCAUAUGCUUCAAAUCCAGUUUCCCUACCAGUGAACAGUAAUUCCCUUCGGGCCGUAUGUAGAAUGCACCCUAACACUCAGUUAUCACCUGGAAUGCCCUGUGUGUACGGUCAUGUUUUUUUCAAACAGUCUGGUCCAAAGGAAAAGCUGAGCGUGACUUUCAAACUGUAUGGUCUCCCUGUCUACAGCCAGCAGCCCAGAGCAAUGCACAUUCAUGAGUACGGAGACUUAAGCAAAGGCUGCGGAUCUACAGGUGGGCAUUACAAUCCCCUCGGUGUGAACCAUCCACAACAUCCAGGGGACUUUGGGAACUUUGUUCCUGUUAAUGGGAAGAUUCGUCAAUCACUGGACUCCAGUGCAACACUCUUUGGGAGACUCUCAAUAAUUGGCCGGUCUGUUGUGAUUCAUGCAGGAGAGGAUGAUUUAGGCAGAGGUGGGAAUGUGGAAAGCUUGCUGAAUGGCAAUGCUGGAAGGCGAUUGGCAUGCUGUGUUAUUGGACUGGCAAACCCCCAAAAUUAGCACAUACAAAUAACAUAUACAUUUUUUUUUUUUAAGUAUUUAUCAGCUGAAUAACUGAUAUGCUUUGAAAAUGGAAUUGUAGAGUAACAUUGCUCAAAAUGCCUGGUUCUUUUUAUCUACAACACUAAAUAAACAUUAAAGUUAAUAAAUUGG